AUGUGCGCUAAUGAGGCUGCAGUGAUGGGCACUGAUAGGCUGCAUCAGUGCUGAUGGACACUGAUGAGGAGGCACUGGAUCAGGGGCAGACUGACAAUUCAUGGGGCCCCCGGGCAAUAGGGGAUCAUGGGGCCCCUGUGUCCUUGCCCAAACUCAAAGAAGCCUAUGAAAAAGGUACCAGGGGUAUCUCAUGGGGCCCCCUACUGACCCCUGGCCCUUGGACAGUGCCCGAGUUUCCAAAUGGUCAGUCCGCCCCUGGUCAGGAU